AUGGCUUCCAAUCCACCAGGAAAGUGCUGCACCAUUGGCGUCAAGCACGAAGGCAAAGCUACCGGUUCGAAAAAGGACAUUUCCGGUGUCGACACCUAUCUCGCCUACCCCGAAUCCCGACAAACCGACACAGCCAUUCUCAUCCUCACCGACGUCAUCGGCCACGACUUCAUCAACGCCCAACUCAUCGCCGACCAAUUCGCCGCCAAUGGCUACUUCGUCGUCAUGCCCGAUCUCUUCGAAGGCGACCCCAUGCCCCUCAACCGGCCCGAUGACUUUGACAUAAUGAAAUGGCUCGCCACCUCCGGUCCCAGUAAAGGCCACACCACCAAGCAAGUCGACCCGAUCGUGGCCAAAGUGAUUAAAGCGCUCAAAGCCGAUUUCGGCGUCAAAAAACUCGGGUCGGUCGGAUAUUGUUUUGGAGCCAAAUAUGUCGCGCGAUACAUGGCGAAAGAUCAGGGGAUUGAUGUGGGAUAUGUGGCUCAUCCGUCGUUUGUGGAUGCGGAGGAAAUUAAGGCGUUGACGGGUCCGUUUAGUAUUGCGGCGGCGGAAACGGAUCAGAUUUUUCCGGCGGAGAAGAGGAGGGAGACGGAGGAUAUUUUGAAGGAUAUGGAGAUUCCGUAUCAGAUUUCGCUGUAUUCGGAUGUUGAGCAUGGAUUUGCUGUGAGGGCGGAUACGAGUAAGGCUCCGGUUAAGUUUGCGAAGGAAGCGGCGUUUUUGCAGGCUGUUGCGUGGUUUGAUGAGUUUUUGAAGGGGAGUAGGAGUUGGGCUGCUUAG